AUGAAUUCAGAUAAAGUUAAACAAAAAUUCAGUGUGCCUAAAAUAUGCCACGAGGUUUCAUAUGACGUCAAAACAGACCACGAGGAGCCAACAGUUGUAGACAGAAACCAUCUAUUUCAACAAAAAAUGGAAUUACGAGAAUCUGAAAAUGUUGCUCAAAAUCACUCCAAUUUAAAUCCAACAACACACCAUGGACGUUCAAGCUCAUUCAGAAACCGACCUCGACCAAAAUUGUUAAAUGUUGAUGUUGACCGACCAAGACGAAGCAGUUUACCAUCAAUUGCGAGGAAUUUUCUCUCAGUAUCUUUCGACGAUAUUCAUAAAGAGGAGGAACCAUCUGACCAACGAAGAGUGCGGUCAUUUAAAACAACAUCGAAGGGGGGCAUUGUGAACAGGGGGGACUCUUUUAAACGGAGCUCUAAUAGUAUUCACUCAACCGGGAGUGCAAUGCAUAGCGAACAUGGGGGAACUAGAUCACACAACAACAGCACGCAUACAAUCAACAGCAAGCAGUCCCGAUAUAUAGGAACUUUGGACAGUAUGGGAUCAUCUAUGGAAACAGUUAUUCAUAAAGUUGCCAUGGUUGGGGAUAAAGGGGUAGGAAAAAGAUCUUUGACGAAUCAGUUCAUGACGUCAGAGUUCAUUGCAUUUGAUGCUGAAAACGACAUGAAUGACGAAGAAACAGACAGUUUAGUGACUGUGCUGUUAAACUCAGAAGAGUCAACACUAGAAAUUGAUGACCGGCCAUUUGAUUUACAGGAGAUGUCCAGUCGAUCUGUUGACGCCUUUGCAGUGGUCUAUUCGGUCACAGACCGGUCGAGUUAUCAGGCGGCUGUUGACAUUAUGUACCACGUUCGCCAUCAACUUCUAAUAAAAGACAAACCAGCCAUUCUCAUCGCCAACAAGAUCGAUCUUGUAAGAAAACGAAAGGUCACGAGGGAAGAGGGAAGAUCCGUGGCCAAGCAGUACAACUCUAAAUACUGGGAAACAUCCGCUGCUCUAAAUCACCACGUUGAUGAACUCCUGGUUGGAAUACUGAGUCAAAUCCGCCUAUACAAGACCCCGGGACUACCAAUAGAUCCUCCAAACUUUGAUGUUAAGCCUUGUCAAAACAAGCAUGCCAAAUGUUUCAUACCUGUUCCAAAACGUUUGCUAAAUUUCAUAUUUUGUAAAAAUCCGAUGCCAACCGCUCGACAUGAGUGUGAAGAUCUCUUUACGUCAUAGUUUUUUUUUUUCAAUUUGUUGUUUUAACAAAAAUAAUGUUUUUUUUUUCAAUACUGCUUUGAUUAUUUUUACAUACAUUG